AUGCAAGGAUGCAAGGGAGCAGCCGCAUCCCAGACGGUUACGCGAACUCCUAGAACAUUUCUCCUACAUUUGCCCACAGAGUUACUGCUACUAGUAGUAACAUUCCUGGAUGCAGAAAGAGAUAUCAACUCAUUAUCUCAAACCAACAAACAAUUCUACAAAGUCAUCAAUCCAUACCUAUAUCGAAACAAUGCUCGAAACUCCAGAUAUUCGGCACUGCUAUGGGCCGCUCGUCAUGGGAAUGAGGAUACAGCUCGGAAAUCCAUCCUAGCAGGGGCUAGAAUUGGGAUGAUGGAUGGUUGUGGCAUGGUGCCAUUGUGGUGGGCUGCAGAGUAUGGGCACGAAUCGGUGGUAAAGUUGUUACUUGACACUGGGCAGGUGGAUGUGAACGCAAAGAGCUCCGGAGGCCGGACACCAUUAUCCCGUGCUGCACAGGGCGGACAUGAGGCAGUGGUGGAGUUGCUGUUUCAGACCGGACAGGUGGAUGUGGAUGCAAAGGACUGCGAUGGUUCCACGCCAUUAUCCCGUGCUGCUCAGUAUGGGCAUGAUGCGGUGGUACGACUGUUACUUGAGACCGGGGAGAUAGAUGUUGAGUCAAAAGACUGCGAAGGGUUCACUCCGAUACUCCGUGCCGCACAAGGGGGGCACGAAGCUGUGGUGAAGCUUUUACAUGAGACUGGGCAGGUGGAUCUGGAUGUAAAGGACUCUGGUGGCCGAACACCAUUGUGGUGGGCCGCACAGGGUGGGCAUGAGGCUGUGGUAAGGCUACUACUUGAGACUGGACAGGUGGAUGUAGACGUCAAGGACUCUAGAGAUCUGGGACCCUUAUGGUGGGCUGCAAAGGGCAGGCAUGAGGCGGUGGUGCAGCUGUUGACCAUGUGUGUGCCGGUGAACGUGGUGGCCAGUACUCCGAUGACAGCCAUAGGAUGUUCUAGGCUGGCUUGA